AUGGCGGCUAUAUCGAUUCUUGAAGCAACUUCCAUGGCUGAAGCGACUCCGAAGGAAUCAAUCUCAACUCUUGAGCCUAAACCAGUGAUUGUGAAAGAGGUUUGGGCAGAGAAUUUGGAAUUCGAGCUCUGGCAAAUUCGGGAAAUCAUUGGUUUCUAUCCGGUCGUCACAAUCGACACCGAAUUUCCUGGCACGAUCUACAAGCGAAGCAGCGACAAGAAUCUGAAUAAUAAUCCUCCAUACAACUACGAUUUGAUGAAAGCUAAUGUGGAUGAUCUGAAAAUAAUACAGCUCGGUCUCACCCUCUCUGAUUUCGAUGGGAAUCUGCCUAGCUUCGGUUCUUCAUUCUCCUACAUAUGGCAGUUCAAUUUCUGUGAUUUCGAUAUCGACGAAGACCCUCACGACCCAGAUUCGAUUCAGCUUCUAAGACAUCAAGGAAUCGACUUUGAGAAGAACAAGGAAAAGGGUAUUCCUUCAAGCUACUUUGGAAGGUUAUUCUUGAGAUUUGGGAUUUUGAGCAAGGUUCCUCUCACAUGGCUGACUUUCCAUGGCGGUUACGACUUCGCCUAUCUCAUCAAAAUUUUGUCAGGAGAAGAGUUGCCUUGUGACCUGGUUUCUUUUGUGGAUCAAUUGUGGUACUACUUUGGGGCUCAGGUUUAUGAUCUCAAGACUGUCAUGUCUCGCUACAACUUCUAUGGCGGACUGGAAAAUUUGGCCAAGAAACUUAGAGUCAAGAGAGUUGCAGGGAGAAGUCAUCAAGCAGGAUCAGACAGUUUGCUAACAAUGCAAACAUUCAUGGAGCUCAAACAACAAUGUUUUGCUGAUGAAUUUGAACUCACAAUGGAAAAGGGGAAGUGGACUGGGUUUGAGUGGGAGCUUUAUGGAUUGAAGGUUGUAGUAUUGCUGGACUGCCAUGGCCAAGUAUACACAAUAUGUGACUCUGAUUGGUUUGACUUGGUUCUUUGUGGGGGAAGGGAUUGGAAGGAGUUAAAUUUGGUUGAUUCUCAUGGCCAAAUUGUAUACAUUCUAGGCUAUUAA